UUUCUGGGCCGGUGUUGCUCUCCAUCGCCGCAUGACUAACAGCAGUGCGGAGCUCCAUUGGUUCAGGCUCGUGUCAGUCUGAAGUGAUACUAGUGCGGACCCGCUACAAACUCCAGCUACAUCAGUGAGGAGAGAGCAAAGCAGGACGGGAGGAAAAUGUUGCGGGUCUGCAGCGCCGGAACCGGCUGAGCGGCUCAGACUGAUCGAUAACUGUCACUGCACGCAUCGGAAGGAAGACAUUGCUGAGAAACGCGUUAAAUCGAUCGUCUGGACGUCCGAGUUCUCCGUGGUGUGCCCGCCCUCUGUGGUCUCUCCAUGCCUCCUUCUCCUCUAGACGACAGAAUUGUGGUGGCGCUGCCAAGGCCUAUACGACCUCAGGAACUCCGACUCCGCCUGGACACCAGCUACCUGGAAGCCACCGUGGGCACCGUCGGCGAGACGACGGUCAUCAGCAGCACCACCGUGGUGAAGAUCCAGGCGACCAAGCUUUCGUAUAUGCCCUCGUCCAGCGGCUCCACGCGCUCGCUGACGUGUGGAUGCAGCAGUGCCAGCUGUUGCACGGUGACCACCUACGAGAAAGACGGCCAGGUCAGCGCCAGCAGCCCCAACUUGAACUCCGGAGUCGGCUAUGGCGUCCACGGGAGCGCGCCGGUGGGCCACGGCAGCGCGCCCAGCCUCACCUCCAGCCUGAGCAGGGGCGGCAUGCGGGUCAUCCACCCCAACGAGCUGGCCAAGAAGCUGACGCAUUGCCCGCUGGGCCACCCGGUCGGGCCGGUGCCCGUCAUCAUCGACUGUCGGCCCUUCAUGGAGUUUAACAAGAGCCACAUCAGGGGCGCCGUGCACAUCAACUGCUCGGACAAGAUCAGCCGCCGACGGCUGCAGCAGGGCAAAAUCACCGUGCUGGACCUCAUCUCCUGCCGGCAGAGCAAGGACUCCUUCAAAGGGAUUUUUUCCAAAGAGCUGGUGGUGUACGACGAGACCACGGUGGACCCGGGCCGGCUGACGCCCUCUCAGCCCCUGCAUGUGGUUCUGGAGUCGCUGCGGAGGGAAGGAAAGGACCCCAUCGUUCUUAAAGGAGGCCUUUCUGGAUUCCGACAGAACCACGAUGAUCUGUGCGAACACUCUCUUCACCUGGAGGAAGGACAGGACGGCAGUACCGCGAUGGGCCUGUCGGGGGCGCUACCUCAUUCCCUGCCCUCCACACCUGAUAUAGAGAACGCAGAGCUGACGGCCAUCCUCCCCUUCCUGUACCUAGGCAACGAGAGAGACGCUCAAGACCUGGAGCAGAUGCAGCGGAUGGACAUCGGUUUCAUCCUGAACGUCACCACGCACCUGCCGCUCUACCACUACGACCUCGGCCUCUUCAAAUACAAGCGCUUACCCGCUACCGACAGCAACAAACAGAACCUGCGGCAGUACUUUGAGGAGGCGUUUGAGUUCAUAGAAGAGGCGCACCGGGCCGGUCGAGGGCUCCUCAUUCACUGCCAGGCCGGCGUGUCUCGAUCCGCCACCAUAGUCAUCGCCUACCUGAUGAAACACACCUGGAUGACCAUGACGGACGCCUACAAGUUCGUCAAGUCCCGGCGGCCCAUCAUCUCGCCCAACCUCAACUUCAUGGGUCAGCUUUUAGAGUUCGAAGAAGACCUGAACAACGGCAUCACUCCUCGUAUACUCACGCCCAAACUCAUCGGCGUGGAGACUGUCGUAUAGGAUCUGCUUCAGAGAGGAUUUCCACAUGGAAUAUGCUUUCUCGUUGCCAUUUUAGGCAUCCUAACCCUUUCGGACGAGGAUUCGGAGACUUGCAUGAGGAAAACGAACCGUUUUUUGCUAUCCCGUCCUGUCAGUGUUCAGCCAAACACUGUGCUGCGGUCAUUCGAUGGCUCUUGGCCGCUGGUGCUGGCUAAAGCCCUCAGAGGAGUCUGAAAAUGAAGGCUUGUGAGGUGUAUCAAUCUUCUUAUUCUAUUUUUAUACAGGAGAGCGACCACCUGAGGUGGCUUCACUGUGCAAUAAUUUGUGUGUGGAAAGCAACCGGGUGCGUGACGUGUACAUAACGAUAGUGAGACUUUCAGCCCACCCGGUUAGACGCGCAACUUUUGUGUUUUUGUUCCGGCUCUUUUCAUUUAAGUUCAGUUUAGGCACUGAUUUUCUUCAUUAUGACAUUUAAAAACACCUGAAACCAGCUUUAUACAUGUUUGGGCACCCGUUUCACGUUUUCUUUGUAUCACUGACAAUCAGAACAAACCUCAUUUGAAUGUCCUUUCAAAAGAAAUUAUAGCAUGUUUACUACAGGCAUAUGGACAAGAACUAAAGUAUAUUACUCUUAAAUCAUCAUCAAAAUAUAGAUUAAACCAGUUGCUUGAAGACGAGAGUGCGUAAAUGAUGAUUUUAAUAUUUUUGUUGGUUUUUUAAGUCACUGUUGCACAUUCAUAUUUGUACUUCUGCUUCUGUAGGUGUGUGUGUGGGAACACAUGAGAACAGUAUCUAACAUAUAUUAUGCUUGUAUGUAUUUGUGUUUUCGGCUUCGAUGAUCUCGGUUCAACUCUCUCUCUUGUUAAAAUCAGAAACUUGAUGGUUGUGAGUUCAGCUUCUUUGCGCACACGUCAGCCGUCAGUAAGAAUUGUGCCUCUAUCGGUGCCUUAAUUCAUAUUUUGUGACUUUUUUUUUUUGAGUGUGCGACACGGUAACGGCUUUAAACUCUUCUUAAAUUCUCUGUAGUGCAAGGAUGUUUCUGUGAGUUUUAAAUGUGCUAGAAAAGUCAAAAGGUGGAUUUUUAUCAUGGUUAUGUGUUGUUUUGAAUCGGGGCGUUGGACAGUAUACUCUUAUUUCUCAUAAAAGAACUGAAACGCUGUGAAAUAACAAAACUCUGGGCUUGUCUAAAUGUCAAAACGCAAAGUGUAACAACAGUUUCUUAUUCUUCACCGUCAAAAUCAUGGAGUUUUCUAAAUAAUACAUUUUAGUUUGUCAGCUUUACACAAAAAUUGCUUAUUAAUUGCUGCUUUUAGAAGUACAACUAGAAUUGGUACCUUCAACAGUUUCACUGAAAUUGUAUCCUUAUAUUUGUUUAUACAAUAUUUUUUAUAUAUAUAUAUAUAUACAGUAGUGGCCAAUAAUGAUGCCCAGCCUAGGAAAAUUAACCGCUUUAUCCAAAUGUUAUUGCACAUUUGUUAAAGGUUUUGUAAGCUUUGUUGCUUGGAGUCGAUUGUUUUAUUUGUGAUAAUAACACAAUGAAAUUGUGCAGACAUAUUUUUUGCUAAAUGCAAAAACAACAAAAUAUUAAUAACUGAUUAUGUUGUAGUCAAUGUUUGCUUUUCCCUGUGAGCCUUUGGUUUUUCUAUGCAUUUUUUUUUUGCAUAGUAAAUUAGUUUUCCUUUUUUUUUUUGCCAAAUAAUUUUGUCAGAUAUCAAGUUUAGUGUUUUGUUUUUCCCUUAUAUUUAAAAUAUAUAAAUAAAUAUUUUCCUCAUAUUUUGAUAGUUAUCCCCUCCACUGUAAAAAAAAAAAAAAUGUUGUUUCAACUUAAAAAAGUAAGUGUUCAUGCUGCUUUAAAAUGGUAAGUUUAGUCAACUUAAAAUGUGAAAUUGCACUAAGUGACAACUUGGAUAUUUGAGUUGACUAAACAUACAUUUUUAAGGCAGCAUGAAUACUUACUUUUUUAAGUUGAAACAACAAUUUGUUUACAGUUUUGGCCACUACUGUAUAUAUAAUCAUUAAAAAUUUGACAAGCAAGCACUUGACUUAACUUAAAAUAGUUAUAAGACAUCCUCACAAUCAGUGAAUGCAGUCUUUAUUAUUAAUAUUAUUAACAUAAAUAGCUUAAUAAAAGCCCAGCCAGCAUACUUAUUAAUCUCACUCUCUACUGAUCAGGCUAUUAGAAAUAAACAUAGUUAAAUUCAAAGCAGUAGAUUAGACACUGUCAAUAUCUGAAAACAACCUUUUCUUUCUUAGUUCUUCCUGCAGCUUCAGUCUUCUAUAAGUCAACAAGAUAUAUCACUGAAUGAAAAUGUUUGGAUGAGAAAAACCGAAUGCAAAGCACAUUUGUAAUAUGUUAUGCUUUCCUGUAUAUUUACUGCUAAAGGUACAGAUUCUGUUACUUUCAUGUUCAGCUGAUGCAAAAUGUCUUCUUCUGUUCAAAUGCUGGUUUCAUGUCACUCGUGUCUCACUGUGCUUGUACGAGCGUGACCCGGAACAUCUGAAUCCGGCUCAAGGAUUUAAAGGGCAAAACUCUCUGGGUGCGCUCAUCCCAUUUUGCAGCAGCAGACGGUACACAUAUUUGCUAAUGGAUUUCUAUGCAUUGUUUAUAUUUUUGCACUGACUUUGGAAAAAAAAAAAGCUUUUAAUUUUUUUUUUUUAUUUUUUUUUAUUGAUUAUUUUUUCCCACAAAGGUGCUAUGACGCUGGAGGCCUUCCACAAUGUUUUUGCAUGACCUGCUUUGGUAAAGUGUCUUCCUGUAAGCCAAGAGCUCUCUUUAAAUGUCAGAGUUCAAAACACUGUUAUUUUGUAAUGUGGGGUUUGGAAAUAAACGACAAAAAGAAACGA